UCAGCCUGUACGCUCCAGCUCUGUCGUUAAAUCCUCAUGGCCCCUCCACUUUGCCAAAUCUAUCGGCGUCUUCCCCUUUACACACACACACACAUACACACACACAUACAGCGAGAGAAAUUGCUUCGCCAUGGCUCUGUGUGUGUAUUCUUACGCGUCUGUUGGUUUUCCUAAGCAGUUCUCUGCCGCCCUCCUUAUUGAUCAUACACAUCACCGCCUCCCUAUUUCCUUGCAGGCAAGCCAGGUGCAUAGGAGUGUUGCCGAGCUGCAUGCAGUGGAAACGGAGGGAAGAGAGUGACAACAGAGACCACUUCUCUCCUGUCUCCGCUGACCGUGUUGGUUUUCUGGAGCAGCGUCACUCCUCCUUCCUUCAACAGAUAUUCUAUCGCCUCCACACGAUUGCCGCUGGCAGACAUGUGGAGGGGGGUCAGGCCGUAUUGGUUGAAGCUUUCGAGUGCCAUCGGGGUGCCGGUCCAGUCGACCAGCUGUUGCAACACACUCACAUGACCACCGAACGCAGCGUCGUGGAAAAUUGUCAGACCCUGAAGAGAGACAGCGGCAAGAUUUGUGUAGGAGACAUGAUUUGUGCAUGAGACGACUAUACGUUGGAUUCCAGUGAGAGGAUAAAGUCGACGCCUUUUCGCUCGACGAUGGCCCUGAGCACCGCCAGCUGUCCCUCCUCCGCAGCAACGCCGACAAUCGUGCGACCAUACUAAAUGCAAGAGACACAGCAGGCACGCGAAAGCUGCAUGAACGAUACACUUGUCUGUCUGCCUGUCUGUCAUUUGAAAACAACCCUGACCUUGUCUUGGAUGGUGAGAAAGCGGUCUCCCCCAAUGUCUAGCAGCAGAUUGACUACCGAGACAUGCCCUCGUUUCGCUGCAAGAUGUAUGGGGGUGGGCUCUUCUUGAACCUUCGUCCGUUUCUCAAUGAGGUGCUUCCCUCCUCGCUUGACAGUCUCCUUGACCAACAUCUCCUGGCCGUUCUGGGUGCUGUAGUGCAGGGGCGUGAGGCCGUUAUCGUCAGUCAUUUCGAGACACUCAGGCCCCUCUUCGUUGGUGAUGAAUUUGAUCAACGCCUUCAGGUCACCCUCGGCACAAAACUGGGAAAAGUCCAAAACGUGAAGGAAGAAUGACAUGGCCUGAGUCGUAAACUGUCGGCAGUGUGGGCACCUCAAAGAUUCGGUCCUGAGACAAGAGACAAGAGACACGAGUCAUAAGACAUUUUGCCGACCAUGGUUCAUCUUCUGCCGACCUUUUCACUUGCUGUCGUCUUUGCAUCUCGAUGCGCGCUUUUGCCAUCAACACGGGCGAUCUGAAAGAGGAUAUGAAAGGAGAUACACGAAACAUGAUACACAAACAGGGGGAAAACACGAGAAGCAUAUGAUUUAUGCCCUUGCCUUUCCGCUUGCUCUUCGAUCCGUGUCUCGACCUGUACCUCGAUCAUCGAUCGCUGUGGUAUGGCCUGAAAGCAAAACGAGACAAGAUUUUGCUGAACUAUUGUCUCUCCUGCCAAUGCAUACUGUCAACGCUGAUUGGUUCGCUGGCUUCCCACACGUAAGCAU